ACGUUGCGCGCAUAGACACCAUUUUUUUGGAAUGUAUUGUAAAUAGUACGUGUUCACAGGGGACCGUUUCACGCACGUUUAGCAAUGCGAUGAGGCCAGUGCACUUUGCAAGAGUAGUGGUGCAGAGUGCCUUCGCAGAUCUUACGACCUGCUGCUGCUGACAAGCCGGGAAAGGAGGGGGAGAGCCGCUUCAGAAGGUACUUCUGUGGAGCAAGAGCCGUGCUUUCUCCGCUUAGGAAAUCAUGCAGUUUGCAAUCUGGCUGGUUGGACUAAUGUGGCAUCUAUCAGCACUCGUCCGAAACUCGCGAACAUACCAAUUGCAUCCUAAGCAAGAAAGUUUCAUGAAACAGCUGUCAUCUUAUGAAAUUAUCACCCCUCUCCGCAUUAACGAUUUUGGAGAGUCGUUCCCUCAUAAACUACACUACAAACGGAAGCGCAGAAGUACGGAUGCGGACUUGACGGGUUUGAGGGCUCAUUAUAGAAUAGACGCCUUCGGACAGCGAUUCCAUCUCAACCUAACAGCGGAUUCGGGAUUUAUAGCUCCCUCGUACACCGUGACACAUUUAGGAUUGGAGCAGAGGAACGACUCCAACACAGACCUCAAUGAUGAUAUGCGCCACUGUUUCUUCCGCGGACAUGUCAACUCCAAAACGGAAUUCCAAGCAGUCUUCAGUUUGUGCACUGGUCUUAUUGGAACGUUUACGACCCACAAUGGGGAAUAUUUCUUAGAGCCUCUGAUACAAGCAGAUGGGGAAGAAUAUGAAGAGGAGCACAACAAACCUCAUCUGGUGUACAAACACGAGAGGAAGAGGAGCGGUCCAGCCAGCAGCGACUCAAAACCUUGUGCUGCUUCAGAGGAGCACCAGAAACAACACAUAGCCCUUCAGAGUGACCGGACUAUGGGUCAGGAGGUGAGAAAUGUAAGAGAAACAGUGUCUCUUCAUCAUUCCUCCUCCUCCUCAUACAUCAACGAAAGCCACACGGCCCCCCAUUCACGGCGGAAGCGUUUCCUGUCAUAUCCUCGCUUUGUGGAGCUCAUGGUGACCGCCGAUACCAAAAUGGUCCGACACCACGGCCGGAACUUAGAGCACUACAUCCUAACAAUCAUGUCAGUAGUGGCUGCCAUCUACAGAGACCCCAGUGUGGGGAACCUCAUCAACGUCCUGGUGGUCAAGUUAAUCGUCCUUCACAAUGACCAGGAGGGUCCGUCCAUCAGCUUCAACGCUGCCAACACCCUGCACAACUUCUGCGUGUGGCAGCAGGGGCAGAACGUGCCGGACGACAACCAUCCGUCCCACCACGACACGGCGCUCCUCAUAACCAGGGAGGACAUAUGCCGGGCGAAGGACAAGUGCGACACGCUGGGGCUGGCCGAGCUGGGGACCAUGUGUGACCCGUACCGGAGCUGCUCCAUCAGCGAGGAGAACGGCCUGAGCGCCUCCUUCACCAUCGCACACGAGCUCGGCCACGUCUUCAACAUGCCCCACGACGACUACCCAAAAUGCAUUGAGGCGGGCAUAAAGAACCAGUACCACGUCAUGGCGCCAGUGCUGAACUAUGACACCAGCCCGUGGUCCUGGUCCAAAUGCAGCCGCAAGUACAUCACAGAGUUUCUGGACACUGGCUAUGGGGAAUGUCUGCUGGAUGAGCCUGUUGGCAGAACAUACAACCUCCCCACCCAGCUCCCAGGCCAGCUCUAUGAUGCCAAUCGACAGUGUGAGCUCAUGUUUGGAUCAGGAUCCAGAGUUUGCCCCUUUAUGAAACCAUGCAAGCGGCUGUGGUGCACGAGUGCGGAGGGAGACCAUAAAGGCUGUCGAACGCAACACAUGCCGCUGGCGGACGGGACCGAAUGUGGACAUGGCAUGCACUGCAGGCAUGGGAUGUGUGUGAAUCGUGAGCUGGACAUCAGGCCUGUGGACGGGGAGUGGGGCCCCUGGGGGCCCUACAGUGUCUGCUCCAGAACCUGUGGAGGAGGAACCAAGAGCACUGCCAGAGACUGCAACAGCCCUGAGCCCCGAAACGGAGGGAAGUUUUGCGUGGGGCGGCGUAUGAAAUUCCGCUCGUGCAACACAGUACCAUGCCCACGGGGUCGGAAGGACUUUCGCGAGGAACAGUGCUCGCAUUUCGACGGCCGUCACUUCAACAUGAACGGCCUACCUCCCACGGUGCGCUGGGUCCCCAAGUACAGCGGCAUUCUUAUGAAGGAUCGGUGCAAGUUGUUCUGUCGCGUUGCAGGGACAAUGGCUUAUUAUCAGCUGAAAGACAGAGUCAUCGACGGGACGCCUUGUGGUCCAGAAACAUACGACAUCUGCGUUCAAGGCCUCUGCAGGCAAGCCGGAUGUGACCAUGUCCUCAACUCCAAGGCAAGGAACGACAAGUGUGGUGUGUGUGGAGGGGACAAUUCCUCCUGCAAAACCCUGGCUGGCACGUUCAACAACGCCCAGUAUGGCUAUAAUGUAGUGGUGCGCAUUCCUGCUGGGGCAACCAACAUCGACAUAAAGCAGGUCAGCUUCUCCGGGACGCCUGAAGACAACAACUACCUUGCCCUGUCGGACGGUCAGUCCAACUUCCUUUUGAACGGUAACUUUGUGGUGGCCAUGUUCAAGAGAGAGGUGACUUUCAAAGGGACGGCCAUCGAGUACAGCGGCUCUAACACGACAGUGGAGCGCAUCAACUGCACCGAGCGCAUCGAGUCUGAGCUCAUCCUGCAGGUGCUGUGCGUGGGGGACCUGUACAACCCAGAUGUCUACUCCUUCAACAUCCCCAUCGAGGAGCACCGAGAGCAGUUUGUGUGGGACCCGUCCGGCUCCUGGCAGGAGUGCAGCCGCAUGUGUCAGGGUGAACGGAGACGCAAAGCGGUGUGUGUGCGGAAGAGCGACCGCUUAGUGGUAUCGGAGCAACGCUGUGAACAUCUGCCCAGGCCUGGCAGCAUUACUGAUCCCUGCAAUACACACUGUGAGCUCAGGUGGCAUGUGGCUGGGAAGAGCGAGUGCUCCACCAAGUGUGGGCCAGGCUACCGCACGCUGGAUGUCCAGUGCAUCCGCUACAGCCUGGCCAAGCAGCAGAGUGACCGCGUGGAGAGCAGGUCGUGUGCAGACGUCCCCAAACCCCAGACCAGAGAGCCCUGCCACGGGGACUGUCUGCUGAAGAGCUGGCAGUACAGCGCCUGGUCUCCGUGCUCUAAGAGCUGUGGCAGAGGCGCGCGCUCACGGGAGUCCUACUGCAUGAACAACCUGGGCCGCAGGCUGGUGGACAGAGAGUGCAGUGAGCACCAGAGGCUGGUCACCGAGAGCUGCAAUGACAUGCCCUGCCCUGGCUGGAGUGCCAGCGAGUGGAGCGAGUGUAUGGUGUCGUGUGGUAAGGGUCACAGGCACCGGCAGGUCUACUGUGUGCUGGGGGAGGAGAAGCUGAGUGAGCAUCACUGUGACUCCGCCUCUAAGCCCUCUCCUGUGGGCAGCUGUGAGCGCCCUGACUGUGCCUCCUGGCAGGUCGGAGUCUGGAGCGCAUGUGCCGUGACUUGUGGCCAUGGUUACCAGAUGCGGGCUGUGCGCUGUGUGUCCGGUGUGUACGGCAACACUGUGGAUGACCGUGAGUGUAAUGCAGCUGCCAGGCCCCGAGACAACCAGGAGUGUGAUCUGCCUGCUUGUCCACGUGCUGCUCCUGUCCUCAGCACAGCGCGGCCUGUAGUCCCUGGUCAGUUCCUCACGCAGUGGAGAUUCGGCUCCUGGGCCAUGUGUUCGGUCUCCUGUGGGAAAGGCAAGCGUGCCCGCUAUGUGAGCUGCCGGGACGCCCAGGGCGGUGUAGCAGACGAGUCCUACUGCGCCCACCUCCCCCGCCCACCAGAGACGUCCACCUGCUUCAGCCCCUGUGGCCUCUGGAGGGCCGGGGAGUGGUCUCCUUGCUCGGUGACAUGUGGAGUCGGUCAAUCCACCCGACAGGUGGUGUGCAGCAACUACCACCAGCAGGUGGACGAGUCCUUCUGCCACCCGGAAGAGAGGCCCAGUACUGAGCAGGAGUGUGCGGCCAGCCCCUGCCCAUCCGCCUAUCAGCCGCGCUCCAACAACCCACCCUACUCGCCCCAUGACCCAGGCUACCAUCCCGGACACAGCGCCUGGAACGUCCCCUCGGCUGCCAACCAGUGGAGGACGGGGCCCUGGGGAGCGUGCUCCAGCACCUGUGAGGGCGGUUUCCAGCGACGGGUGGUGGUCUGCCAGGACGCUGAGGGCCGCAGCACCAACUACUGCGAUGAGCGCGUGAAGCCGGACGAGUCCAAGCGAUGCGACUCCGGACCCUGUCCACUCUGGAACUACGGCAUCUGGGGCGAGUGCACGCAAACGUGUGGAGGAGGCAGGCGCACCCGCCUGGUGGUGUGCCAGCGACCCAGCGGCCAGCGGUUGAAUGACCACAACUGUGACGUGCUGGACAAGCCGCCCGACGUGGAGCCCUGCAAUCUGCAGCCCUGCCCGGGCAGUGUUUCCUGGCACAGGAGACUGUGGAAGCCGUGCUCUGUGACCUGCGGCAGAGGGACCAAGCAGCGAGACAUCGUCUGUGUACAGCAGAACCUCACCCAGAUAGAGGACGAGCACUGCAGUCACCUGUCACGACCCAGGUCUGAGAAGGCUUGCAGGGCUGGGGCAUGUCCCAGCUGGAAAGCCAACAAGUGGAGGGAGUGUUCUGUCACUUGUGGAAUCGGAGUCCAGAGCAGAGAGGUGUACUGCCGACUAAAGGCCUCCGGAAGAGUCUCUGAGGAGCUGUGUGACGUCCGCCUGCGGCCCGCCACUACCCAGCCCUGCCUCUCCCCAGACUGCCAUCACUACAUGUGGGCCGCCGAGGAGUGGCACGAUUGCAAUGCAACAUGUGGCAAGGGGAUGAGGAGCAGAAACAUCUUGUGUGUGGACACAAGGAUGAACCCUGGCCACAACAGCAUGUGUGACCCCUCCACAAAGCCCCCAUUGCACCAGCCCUGUCACCGGUCCCCCUGCCAGUACAUGUGGAUGACUGGAGCGUGGACACAGUGCUCAGCCAGCUGUGGCGUUGGGUACCAGCGGAGGAUGGUGUCCUGUUCCGCAGUGUCCUCCUCUGCCGACCCACACCCCUACACUGCCCAGGCUCUCUCUGCCCACACCCAGUGCCCAGGGUCCAGGCCUCUGGACACCCAGCAGUGCCAGAUCAGGGAGUGUCCGGCCACCCCUCACUGGAAAGUUGGUCCAUGGAGCAAGUGCUCUCAGACGUGCGGCGCUGGGGUGAUGGAGCGGCGGGUGGAAUGCCUGACCACCAAACACCUCCCCUCCAAAGCCUGCAGUCCCUCGGAGAGGCCCGAGUCCAGGGCCGCCUGCCGACUGAGAGAAUGUGAGGUGUUCUCCACAUGUCGAGAGGUCCAGAUGAGGGAAGGCUUGAGGAAGGAUGGGGAACACUACCUGAAAGUCAAAUCCAGGAUACUGCAGAUAUAUUGCGCUGAAAUGCACACCAGUUUCCCCAAGGAGUAUAUCACACUUCGCAGUGGCCAGACAGAUAAUUUCUCUGAGGUCUAUGCAUACAGGCUCCAGAACCCCUUCGAAUGUCCGUUCAACGGCAGCAGACGGCAGGACUGCCAGUGCAGGAACGACUACCCAGCCGCGGGCUACACGCUCUUCAGCAGGGUGCGACUGGACAUCAGCUCCAUGCGCGUCAUAACCACGGACCUGCAGUUCACCCAAACUGUGCUGGGCAGGCCUGUGCCCUUCGCCACAGCAGGAGACUGUUAUAGCGCAGCCAAGUGCCCCCAGGGCCAGUUUAGUAUAAACCUCACCGGAACUGGUCUGAAGGUCGCUGAAACAACCAAAUGGGUCUCCCAGGGCAACUAUGUCACAGUUAAGGUGCAUAGGUCUGAGGACGGCACCAGAAUCUAUGGCCGCUGUGGCGGUUUUUGCGGCAAGUGCAUCCCCCACCCGCACUCCGGCCUCCUCGUCCAGGUCCAGUGAGGACCGGUUUGUGGGUGCACGACCUCUCACUCUAAUUCCCACUGCAGUGCCGAGCACAAGAUGCCACUCUUCAGGGGCUCCGUGAGCCCGUCAGUCUGACUUGAACUCCCCAUCACCCUCCUUCAUCCCCCUCCCCCUGUCCUCCUCCAUCUCUCUUUCCUCCCGGCAGCUACGGUACUGUGAAGUCUGAGGACCCGUGAGCCGCGAUAGCCCGCCCGCCUCCCUUGACAGAGCCAGCUCACUCUGAUGACGGGCCAACUUCCCCUUUUGCAACCCCUCUCUAAUGCUUCUAAUGGUUACCAAAUGCGUCCGUGUGUCAGAAUAUAAAAAGCAGACGCGGUGCUGCUUUGUGACAGCAAAUCUCUCCUGUCUGGCUCGCCCACCCGCUCUGGUUUCACCUGGUGGCUCAUCUUAAUGGGUCUGUAUGUGGGGCGAUGUCAAGACUCGGUGCAAAUCUGAGGAGUGUCCUCUGUCACGUCAUGAAGUCGGGUUUUCUUAUCUUCUUCAGUUACUCUUGGUGAUGCAAUAGAAAAUUCCUAAGAUAAACCUAACAGUUUUCUUGAAGAAUAGAAACCAAACCAACUACAGAAUGUCUCUAGAACUGCCAUACAUCAUCCACAAUGGGAAUCCAUAUGUAUGUAUGUGGUUAUCACAACUGUAUCAUACAGUGUAUGCAGUGUAUCUGAAGCUGUACCAAUGGAAUAGUGUCUUUAGAUUAUAGUAGGGGAGUGGUCAAGACUCCAUAAGGGAUACUUAUUUUUCUAGUAUGGAAGAAUGGACAGUUCCACACUUUCUUUGAACUUAAAUGUCUUACAUCUACUUACCUGCUGACAGGUAGGGUGUGGUCAUCACUUCAAAUGAAGUCUCAAUCUAUAAUAUUUCUGAUCAUGCAAAGAUCUUGAUGUACUGAACAUAGGUCUAGCUCCUGAAGUAACAUUAGUAAAAAUAAAUAUAUAAAUUAAUUUACAGUUCAGUGUACACUUACAGUGAGUUAGGAUACAGAAUUGAAGAAUGCAAGCUGGUUAUUAUUCAAGAUAAAGCCCGCAAUGGCUCUAUAGAUUGAUCCGCUUCAGAGUAGAAUUACAGUCUACUGUAAUUGGUGCCUGUAUAUUUGUGUGUCUGUAUACAGUUAUCAUAACCACUUUCCAGACUUGCCUUACCUCAAAGGUGAAGUGUCUUGAGCCCUCCGUUGUUCGUUGUCAGAGUAAAGUUCACUGGAGUUCGACUGUGGGUCUCUCUGAGAAAACUGCCUGACCAACCUGCUGUAUAAUGCUUUCAGACAGAUUUUCCAGAGAGAAACUCUGUAGGUACUGAAGCACAAAAGAUGUGCUCUGGAAAAUCUAAAAUCAGACAGACAUGGUUAUGUACAGUUGAUUGGGUUGUGUGCCUUUCUAGGAAUUUGUUAAGACAAACACACCGAAUAACAGCUAAUAAUCCGUCCUCUGGAAUUCUUUGGAUAUUCCGUUAUUUUGUGGGAAGUAAUACGUUGGAUACUCACAUCACGUUUCACACUGCCUUUAGUGUUCCAGUUAAAACACGCUUCUGAUGUCAAGAGCUCCGUUCUCAGAUUGGAAUAGAAGGGUGAAUCCAGAUUUAUUCCAGGUUAUUUUUCCAGAGCACAUCUGAUGUGAACCCUGCUCCCAGGUGCAUGCCACCCUACCUCUCUCAAGCAUGGAUGUCCAUGAAAUGUAUUUUAUUGUAUUGUCUACUAUUUAUGUUUGAUCAUAUUUAUUCUGUAAGUAUAUGUAGAUAUAUUCAAUGUUCACAAUGCUACAACUACUACUAAUAGAGUCCUGUGUGGUACAGGAUUCGUAUUACUGUAUAUUGUCUAGUGUUUUAUAACCAAUAACCUGCGAUGGAAUUGUACACGGUGCUCUUUACUUUACUACUGAAAUUACCUCGCAUCUAGAGGGAAGGUACUGACAUCGGAUUUGAAAUUCAGCUGUUGCAGAGCCUCCAUUUUUACUGACCAGGUUUGACAUUUGGACUCGGCGUAAUUACAAGCCUGCUUUAUGUCGUGGAUGCUUUCCUGUGCACGGAAAACUCCUCCCCAUGCACAAGCCACAAGGUUGCCAGAUUCUAUGAGAACAGCUCUCCAUAUGUAGUCAAAAGAGCAAAGGAAAAGAAGCAAUCUUGCUUGAAGGUGCUGAAAAGCAUUGGGGUGGAUUGGGUUUCAACCUUUUUAGAGGGCAAAUCCACAUAAUGAAAAACAACACCACCACCACCACCACUGCUCUCUUUGAGGAAUGUAGAAUGGCUAUGCAUGGCCAGCAUGACCACGGAAAAGACAUCAGCAUGUUUGCAGAGUGUCCAGUGGUUUUAAAAAGAAGAUAAUUUCAUGGCCUGAGACAAUCAUCAGUAACACAGUGGUCACACUGAUCUUAAUCCACCCAAUCCAUUCUGCUUUUGAGAAUGCAUUAACUACUGAAACUACAAGAGGCAUAUAUGGCAGCAAGACCUGGCUAGUGAAUGGGAAUUAAGCUUUAUCCAAAGUAUUGUAGUAGCAGAGUAGGAUGCUUAUUCAUGGAACUGUAGAGGCCGACUUGUUGAAACUCACUGAGCAGCUAGAAACACUUUGGCUAUCAUUAUAUCUUUGAUAGGCAAUUGAUCUAUGAGGUCUGUAUCAGAAAUUAAAAGAUUACUUGACGCACUAUGUGCCAUAAAAUGUGUAGAAAUUUUAAACAGUUUCAUUUUUUCCAUUAACAAAAGAUUUGUAACUUUUGUGAAUUGUUUUUGUGUAUUGUUUUUUUUUUACAUAUCCAUACUUGAAGUGCAAACAGUAUGUUUAAUCUAAAGAGGGCAUUCUGGCUGAAUGAUACAAAAUGCAUGUUUGCUACAUAUAAUCCAAAGAUGUUUAGAGAAUCAUAUUUACUUUUAUGUACAGUGUGUAGUGUUAAUGAAAUCAUUAUGGUGCUAUGGAUGAAAAAGAGUGAGAAAGUCCUGAUAUUUUGUAGGUAUUGCUGCUGUACUAACACUGAUUAAGAAAUAAGUAACAAUAAAAUAUUUUAGCGCUU